AAGACCUUGGCUACUUGUUUAGACAGUGCCUCUUAUCAGAAAGUGGGUCAGACAUGAAAAUAUUAAGACAAAAACAGGGAAAACUUGAAAAUAAUUUGCAUGGUGACAUAAUUUUCUCCGGCGUUUUACUGAGGCAACCAAUUUCUCCUAUUCUACAUCAAGAGACGCUAUUCCAAUUGUAGGCAAAAAAUAAGUAUGCCCACUUGAUCCUUGCCACCAAGUCCUUCAAUACAUUCAUCUAAUUCUAAAAGUGACAUUGUAUUAAUUUUUCAGUGCAAUGAGCCCAGCCAAAAAGGAAGUCGUGCGAAGAGGCUGAACUUUAGUUAUCAAAUUGGGCGUAAACGUUAAUUUUUCAGAGGGGCUGGCUGAUUAGCGUUUUACGGGAAACUAAUAUAUUUUGUGUCGGUGCCCUUCUCCCCGCGUCAAACUUAAUGACUCUAAUCAUGCGUGCUGUUCUAGCCGUGGCUGGGCUGCUACCCCUCCUGUCUCUAUCAGUCGCAUCAGAGGGGAGUGUAAAAAUCGAGGCUGUGACAGGGCAGGUCUGUCACGCGGAGUCUCCCCAUUACGACAGCUACAGCCAAAACCUCAUUUUUAUCGACUUAUUUGGGAAUAAAUUUUGCAUCUACAACCUCCCUAGUAAAGAGACCCACUGUACAUGUUGCCUAGAAUUAGUGGCAGGUCCGAUAGUGCCCAUUAAAAAUGCCACAAAUCAGUACCUAGCCGCGUUAGGACCAUACCUCACGAAGAUGUAUUGGGAUGGUCGUAAUAACACCCGGCCUGACUUCACCAUCCUCGGCCGCUUCGACUCAAAUGCUGCUCCGGGCACCGAAAUAAGUGACGGGAAAGCCGACUGCAAGGGGCAGAUUUUUUUUGAUCUUCGUGGGAAGCUAGGACCCGGUGGUGUAACAGUGAUAAAGAACCAAGCUAGUUUGUUUCACUACUCAAAACGAACUUGUACUUUGGAGUUAAAUCUGGACAAGGAUAAAUCAUUUUACAAUGGUCUGGCGUGGAACACCGACUAUUCCCGGUUCUUCAUAGUAGAGUCGGAUGAUAAAACAGUGUAUGGUUUUGACUAUGAUGUUAACUCGGGGAAUAUUAGCAAUAGGACAGUUUUGAUCGACUUCAAAGCAACCAACAGUUGUGCACCGGAUGGUAUGACCAUUGACUGUAGUGACAACCUGUGGAUAGCCUGUUUUAAAUUUGGUUACGUGCUUCAAGUGGACACCAACAACGGCUCAAUACUGCAGACCCUACACAUUCCAGCUACGGACGUGACGUCAGUAGCAUGGGGCGGUGACUACUUUUCGACCCUAUUCGUGACGACAUCCAGGUACAUGCUCUCAGAGGAGGAGCGGCAGAAGCAGCCAUUGGCUGGUUCGGUCUUCGCCGUCACAGGGCUGAAAUUCAAGGGGGUCCAAUCGAACAGCGCCGAAAUCUGCACCGUCGGAUGUCGAGGGGACGGGUCUUGUCCGCCGUGCGACGGGAACCCUUCGGCAAUCCCGAACGCCCCAGUGGAGGAGUUCGACACCGCGUCUUGCCCUGCAAAGGGUGCAAUCUACGGGGGACAUUACUGCCAAAGUGGUUGGGCCCAAGUAGCAAAAUGAAAAUAUUUAAUGGAAAAAAAAAUAAUGGAAAAAAAAAAAA